GAGAGGUCCCUGCCAUAUCUGCCUUCAGGUCUUCCACAACACUCUGCAGUAUUAUGCUCCCAUGUUACAUUCAGGCACCUGAUGAACUUCAGCCAGCGGAGCAAAUGAAAGAUAAACAUGUGUUGCUGUCCCCUUCUGCGGCUGUCCAUCCUCCUGACCCGAGGCUGUGCUUGCUCGGACGGAGUCUCUCAGUCACCGAUGUGGUGGAAGCAGAUCUCAUUUAUUCCCCGGGACACUUCUGGUAUCAUACCCAUACAACUGACCGCAUCUGCAACACGCGCUGGUUUUGUAACUUCUGUCCAAUCACAGCCUCAGUCACGCACCGUGCACGAGGCUCCGUGUCAUGGGCUGACCGCCCUCCUUCUGGUUGGUUCUUCCAUCUUCUACAUCUUUCCUUGACUGCAUCGAUACUUUCCCGACUUUCGGAGCUUCCGGGUUCAUUUGGUCACGCAUGCAGGCACAAUAGCUAUUCUUGCAUAGCGGCAUCGAGUACUAAUGAGCAGCUAUUGCUUAAUAAGCAGCCGUUGCGACCCACAAACACGCAACAAAGUCUUAGCAUGUUAAAAAAUACAGACUUGCCAAACAAAAAAAUAUUUCUUGUGCUGUUUUAUCGAAGUAUCAUUUGCCUGUGCACUAUUGUGGUUCUGUGGAUAGCAUUCUCACUGCAGGACUGA